AUGUCGUUUGCGUUGCCGCGCAAAUCGCGCGCGUCUCUACUAGAGGCCGAUUCUUCUCAAGUAUCGCAGACCAUGUCUCCCGCUGGGACUAGUGUGGAUCGUGCGCAAGCGUUGCAACAUGUUUUGGCGGCCGGCGGGUUUCCGCCGCCAUCGCGGGAGCGGACUGCGCAAUCUUCCACACCUUUCCAGGCUCGGCCACAAGCAUUCUCGCAGGAUGUAUCUGCGAGCCUGACGCCUAGCACGCCGCGUCGAUCUCUUCGGCCUUACUCCGAGUACCCGGCGCCGAAUUGGUCGUCCAGCAAGUCGCGCCUCGCUGGUACCCCCUCCCCCUCCAAACAGCGCCGACACCAGCCCAUGUCCAUUCUAGAGGACGAUGCGCCUACUACCUCGUUUGCGCGUGACUUUGUCGAGGCGCCUGGGCCCAGUGCAUCUUCACGAGCCCCGUUUGUGCCUCGAAGGCGCCCUGGCGACGUUCCUGCCACCGCCGCUGCCCCUGAUGUGGCCUUGGCGCAGCGACCGGCAUCCCCUGCCAGCUCCACAGAUGAUCCCUUACUUCUGCAUGAACCUGUCAUGUCGAACAUGUCUAUGCGGGCUGCGCAAGGCGAUGCAAGCCUCUUGGAAAUGGUGCGUCGCUUUGAGCGAGAGGAUCUAGGUCUUACCGAUGUCGUACCUACGCCCAAGCGAGCUUUAUCUACACGCCGUGACAUGCCUACGCCCAAAGUCUCACCCAUGCGGGUACAGCCUGUUCAGAAACCUACACCUAGCUUGUAUGAUCGUUCUUUGAGCAUCCAUGAACGUGUGGCACUGCUUCGCUCGCCCACCAAGGCAUCCAAACGCAUGUCCUCGCCUCCACCUACGGACGCACUGCCCGAGCUGGAGCCGGCUGUACCCUCGUUUCCUACCCCACCAGGGCCUACGGAAAAGACUCCGCCCAGCAAAACUUCAUCGUCCCAUGAACCAGUGUACAUUGAUUUCCUUCAUGCCCCUGACGAUGACCCUGCCGAUAUCGAUUUACCUUUUACAAGGGAGGCAGGAGCACCGCGUAUUGUGCGACCUCCAUCGCGGCGACGCGACGAUCACGAUACCAGCUGGUUCGAACGGACAAAUCCCUCACAGCCCACGUCGACGUCCUAUACCCCGCGUGCUACAUCGACAUCCACCGUGCAGGGCCAGUCACGAACGCCUAUGGCGGAAUGGCGCCAAUCGCCCUCGAUCGCCGCGUCGGCUCGCAAGCAGCAGCGAUCUGCGCACACUUCACCUGUGAAGCGUAGUUUGGCAGACGAACGUACAAUGAGGGAACUAUCCUCGACUGCUGCAAGUUUGACGGUGUCGCCUUCCAAGCCUGUGCCAUCACCACGCAAGCCGACUACCUCGCCUAGACAAUCAGGGGCGGCAUCGCCCUUAACAUCUUCGCACGUCCCGUCACCGGCUGCAUCACUCCAUCCAUCGCCGACACGGCCAAUGUCACCCAGAGCACUUACCCCCCCAGCGCCCGCCGAUACCACUGACUUUGGGCUGCUGGAUCAUGCGACUCAUCCGGACUCGCCUGUGGAAAUCCUGGAUGAUGACCCCAUUGCCAAGAAUAUUCGCACUGCUGCUACGCAUCACGUAUCGGAAGACACUGAUGAUGUGCUUGCUCAAGAUAUGAUGGAGAUUCUGCCUAGGCCUACCAUGUCACCCUGGCGCCAAGAUCCUUUGCAGUCCGUGCUAAGCAAGGCAGAAACGGUGCCACACGACUCCAAAGAUCCUGGGCUGGAAGUGCCACAUCCCGAUGCGCCCGAGACGGAACCAUUGGUGAUUGAGGCGGAGGUAGACCCACCUGUAUCCCCCCCACACUUGGCGCAUACCAGCGCUGUUCCCUCCGUGAUCGAAGUACCUGGCAUAAACGAGGUUGGCGAUGGGUCUGCCAGUAUUUCGUCAGUGAUGGAGCCCCCUCCUACACUACAUAGUGAAGCGGUGGCCAAGAUCGUCUCUGUGCCCGAGGAAGCGGUCUCUCUUCCACCACCUGCUCCUAUGGUCCGUGAGGCGGAUGAUCAAAGCGAACAACUCCUAUCCUCGCCGAUCCGUCGGGUAUCUCUUUCCCCUGUACGCGAUGUGUCAGCGGCAGGUGCGCAUCUUCGCCGAUCGCUUUCGCCCUUCAAAAGCCCACGUGCGAGUCGUGUCGUGCCCCCAUCGCCAUUUCUCCCUGCGCCACCAACGCCUGGGCCAGAGCCAGACAUUGUCCACGACGCCACGCCCCAUACCGAUCCUGUCGAUGCGCCUGCGCCUCUCGAUCCCCCCUCUAUGCGGUCCGAUGACCUGGUCGUAUGGUCUCUACCUUUGCAAGCGCCCGCGGAGGCGGAUCACGACGUGGACGACGACACGUCGUUAGCUGAUUUGAGUGCUAGUUUGUCUGCUUCCUCGCACUCGCGAGCUAUGAUGCUCUCACGUCCACGCCCCACGUCAUGCGUCGAGAUCUCCAGCUUGGACUCCCAAGCAGCCGCCCGUGCCGCUGCGCUUCUUAAAGUGCAUCACAAGUACAUACAAGAAGGCUGGCUCGGCGAUUCCGAUAUGGACUACCCAUCCUUGCCAGGUGCCUCAACGAUGCCAUCUCUACCUGACUUGUUUCAUGCCGCUGAAUCUGAGCUUCAAAAGCGACCCACAACUCCAUCCAUGCGCACGCCUCAUGUGCCUGGCGCUUUCCUACGCACGCCACGCGCCGAGAGUGUCCCCACGUUAUCGGCCGCCUCUCUCCGACCCCAGGCGCUGGCUGGCCAAUGGUCAGAGCAUGCAUGGGCUGAGCUGGAUCGCCAUUUCCGCACUCUGAUCUCUUUGGAGGACGAGGAUAUUGUCAACAGUGUGAUGCAUGUCGAUGUGGACCAAGUCAUCCUGCAAUUUUUAGAGGAUGCCCACCUCGAGCCAGACGACUUGCAGGGAGAUUGGGCGCUGACACGUCUUUAUGCACGUGUACCCGCUCUUCAAGCUCGAUUCCUUCGUGAGUGGGAGCAGGAUGCGACACAACCAUUGUUGGAAAAGUCGUUCCAUCUACUGACAACUCCCCGCAAGCGGCCUCGUGAAGAAGAGGAAGAGGCACCCGAACCUGUGCCUUCGCAAGCCCCUGCUUCCGCACAGAAGGAGAGCCUUACCCCUGCGACAAAGCGGACCAAACCUUCCCCCUCGUCCCAUUCUGUUGUAUCGCGCUUUUGGCACUGGGCUACUGGGCCUUUCACGCCAACACAGACGGCCUCCGCCUCGGGUGACCGGCCUGUACGGCCCAAGACGGAGACGCGUCCUCGAACGACGACAUCCACCACAGCCUCGCGUUUACCACGUCCUGCUACUGGUCGCCCACGUCGGGUCUCUACGUCGACAACGUUGGCGGCAGAGCGAGCUUGA